CGAAAAUGUAUUUUAUUUUACAUUGUUUAAAGGUCAAGUCUACGACAUAAAUGAAACUUCUGAAUCUAAUGAAACAGAUAACAAGUGGUUUUAUAGUGAUAUACAAAGUUAGGUUUGCAAAAUUUCACCAACUGCUUAAUAAAAGAGCUUUAAUAUAUAAAUAUUUUCGAGGGCAAAAGGUUAAUUCGAAAUUAGAUUCAAACUAACAAAGGUUAACAUAAUUGUGUUGAUUUGGACAUGCAAGUCGCAUGUUACAAGUAUCGAGCCACGAGAAGCUAAUGUUCUUUUGACGAGCGCAUAAAAGUUUACGAUAAUCGUAAUAAUAAAACAUUUUGCAGUGACCGGUCUGUUUGGGUGGGGAAAAUCAAUAGCAAAUCUGAGUUUAAAUUACAUGUAUGGAUAUGGAUCAUUAGUGUUUAACGAAUGAAAUGUACGGUGACGUUUUUAAAUAUUCUGCUGCGUGUAUAAAUGUCUCAACGCGUACGAAAUUGUUAUCAUGACCCGUUCGAAAUGCGGUACUUCUUGACACGUACGAGAAUGUCACGGAACUUAAAGUGCGGUACGGUUAUUUCGAACAGCUGUGUUCAGUAAGAAAAUGUUAAAAAAUUGCGUGAUUGAUGCUUCUUGACAUCUAACUUGAAAAACGAUAUAUUAAGCCCAGCUUAAUAAUGACGAUACUUAGACGAGGUCUGUUGAUCUGUUUCGCGUCCUGUCUUUUGUUACAAAUGGAUUACGUCGAAUCUACUCAUAUUUCGGGUACUUUUAACACGAAGGAAUUUUUUCGUUUUCUCAUCAAAUUUGGUUUUCAAAAGACUGAUCGUCAUCGACAGAAAGAUUCGUAUGGAUACAUUUUCGGCAAUAUAACGUCCAAAACUAAUUUUUCUGCGCCAAUCACUUUGGCAGUUUUAGAUCGAGGUCAUUUUUUAGAAUAUUAUGGUAAUCGUACACUAAAUAAUAAAAGUACUGCUUGUACCCUUAUGUUCAGUACCUUGAAUCAAACUUCGUACGAUGUGCAUUGUAACGAAGAAGGUCAAGACUUUUUAAGGAGAGUACCUUGUCCAAAGGGUAAGUUGUGUCCUGACGAAGAUUCCAUAUGGAAUAUCGUGAAAGGAUAUCAGUUUACGUAUGUUAUACAAGAUUUUUGGCAGCCACGUUUUUGGUAUAUGAGUUUAGUGGCAUGUUAUAGAAACACGACUACUUGUCAAUGGGAAUAUUACGAUAAACACGAUGAAUUAGAAUAUGAUAUUUGGCUAGUAAAUGGUAAUCCAAAUACUAGUGGCCUAAAUAGCCUGACGUAUCAAUUUUCGUAUGAUAGACAAAAUACAAUAGAAUUGUACUUGUUAUUUUUUGUAUGUUACAUUAUACUUGUGCCACUACAAUUAUAUGCAGUGAGAUUACAAAAACAUCCUGUAACAAGAUUAUUCACUGCUAGUUUACUAUUAGAAUUUAUAGCGGUAUGUUUAAUCUUAACGCAUGUAGUAAAAUUUGCUCUUGACGGAAUUGGCUAUGAACAGUUGGAAGUUGCUGGAGAUAUUUUUGAUAUUUUAUCACGAACAUCGUUCAUGUUAUUGCUUCUAUUACUUGCCAAAGGAUGGGCCGUAACAAGGAUGGAACUGACAUGGAAACCAUUGGUUUUUACUAUAUGGCUAUGUUACGGGGUAGUCCAUAUUUUACUAUAUGUUUGGAACAUGACGGAAGUCGACAUCAUUGAAGAUAUUGACGAGUACCAGACAUGGCCAGGCUGGUUUAUACUCUUAUUUCGCAGUGCGAUUAUGAUUUGGUUUGUGUGCGAGCUACGAAACACUAUGACGUACGAGCAUAAUACUCAAAAAUUGAAUUUUCUACUUCAUUUUGGUGCAUCUUCGUUAGUUUGGUUCAUCUAUUUACCUAUUAUAGCACUUAUUGCUCUUCAUGUAAGUGCAUUAUGGAGGUUUAAACUUCUAUUGGGUAUCACAUACUCCGCCGAUUGUUUUGCGUACUGUGUGAUGGCACAUUUACUUUGGCCAACACGAAGCGAACAGUACUUUUUGCUCGCGCAAGGAGCAGAUAAUGGGGAUGAACUUGAUGAAUUUAACGAAGCACCGCAUGUAUUGAACAAUUAUGUAGAACCUCCAGAACUUACAAAAAUAAUUACUUAAUAAUAUGUCGAGAUAUAAGAGGCAAAUAUUAUACACGUGAAAAGUCAAAUUUAGCAUUUGACCUGUUGUAUCUGCCAAACUAUAAAAUUUUAGGGUCGAUAAUGCUCUACUACAUACUACUUGAGACUGAUAUAUUCUGCGCAUUCUGUAAUUAGAAAUAUAUUAUUAAUAAUCAAAUUUACAUAUGUGAUAGUAAGUCAAUAAUUAAUACAAAAAAAAA